GAGAGAUGUUUACUUUCGCACACACAUCAAAAUGUGUAUUUAUCAGUUUAUUCGAGUGAGAAAAGUAUAAAUAUUACAUGUCACAUUAUACUCAAUGACUUGUGCUACUACCUGGUGGUGUUGAAUCCAUCCACCCGGUUCUUCCGGCUAAUUACACCGUCAAUUGAAUUAGUACUAUCGAAAAUCGAUCGAUUGGCGCUAAGAAGCGGCGUCUCGUUUUUCGUGCGAAUCGUUUGCCCAAAACAUUGCGAAAUGCCGAUCGCGAUUUUGAAAUCCGUGCGAGAAGUCAGCAGCGAGGAUCCGGUCCAUGUGGCCGAGAAUCUGUUAAAGGAGAACGCCGGCAAGAAAUGGAAGACGCAAUUGGUCGGCGAAAAGUCUGCCUACGUGAUACUGGAGUUUGCGGAGCCGCAGCAAAUCACAGGCAUCGAUCUGGGCAAUGAGCAUUCCGCCUUCAUUGAGGUGCUCGUCAGCAGGACGGGCUGCCAGGUGGACGACUUCAAGGAGCUGCUUCUCUCCAGCUCCUUUAUGACGCCCAUCGAGAGCAAGAACUCCAGCACACAGAAUCGUGUGCGCUGCUUCAACGGCGCAGCCCUGAACGCCACCGUAUUGCCCGACAAAUGGAAGCUACUCAAAAUCGUCUGCACGCAGCCAUUCAACAGGCACGUCCAGUACGGUCUGUCCUUUGUGAAGGUGCACGUGACGGCCACAGCCAAGCCCAAAUCGCUGUUACCCGAGCGUAUAAUGCAAUUUGGAGCAUUCAAGCUGCGCGAGGAGUCCCCGGACUCGGACACGGACACACCCUCAAUGCGCUUUAAGCGCUGGAAGGAGUCGCAGCAGCCAGCAGCACCAGCAGCAGCACCAGCCAGCACAGCGGCUGCCAUUCGCGACGCCUCUGCAGUGAUGCGACGUUUGAGCAGCACGAUAUCAUCGAGUCCAGCGCCUGCACCUGCUGCCGCUUCACGUUCUGAGUCUCCUGCAGGCGAGGGCAAGACAGCUGCCAAGCCUCUGGACCGCAAUCGAGCCUCACUUUUAUUCGGGGACGAUGACGAUGAUGUCGACGAUGACAAGAAUGCGAGGAAGCAGCGCUUGAGCAAGCACCUGGAGGCCGACAAGGACAGGCGACGCAAGGAGCAGGAGAAGCAGGAGCAGGAGCGAAAGAAAGACAAGUCCAAGCGUCUGUCCAUUGACAAGGCACCGCCAAAAGUGGACAGCCCCAAGCCCAAGGAGAGUUCCAGGAAGAGCCCCCCAGCGGCCGCUCAUAAGCGUCACUCAUCGCCGACACGAAGCGCUGCGACGCCAGCCAAAAAGCUAAAGAUAAAAGAGGCCACCAUUCAGUAUCGACCCUUUAAUCAGCUGCUGCGUGGCGUGGUGCUGGUCAUCAGCGGCAUACAGAAUCCCGAUCGGGCGGACCUGCGCUCAAAGGCAACGGCCAUGGGAGCCAGAUACAAGGCUGACUGGGAGUCCGGCUGCACGCAUCUGAUCUGCGCCUUCAAGAACACUCCCAAAUAUAGGGAGGUUAGAGGCAAGGGCAAGAUCGUGACCCGCAGCUGGAUCGAGAAGUGUCACGCGCACAAGAAGUACCUGCCUUGGCGUCGAUAUGCCCUGGACACGGACGAGGUGGGCCGGCCGGAGAGCGAUGAGGAGCUGCACGAUGAAUCACUGAAGCCAAAAGCCCGGCCAGAGCCGCAGCUGUCGGACGAUAUUGAAAUGAAAGCCAAUGUGGAACAAAUAGAUGAGGCAGAUCAUGGCCAGAAGAAGGAUACCAAUGUCAGCCACGAUAUCUCCUCCGGUAUCGACACUGAAGAUGAACUGGAGCGCGUUGCACAUGAAAAUAUUCUAAGGAAGGCCAAGGACAAGCAGCAGCAGCAGAAAAAGCCCAAGUCACAGGAUGUGUACGAUAUUAGCACGGAUGAGGAGGAUUAUCUGGAAGAGAAAAAGAAGCAGGUCAAUGCCCUGUAGUUACCUUUAAUUUAUUUGUUUGUUUAACUUAAAUUCUGUGUAAGUUUGCUUAGAGAUUAGCUCAUAGUUGUUUGCCCAUGGUAUUUGCCACUCUAUGUUUGUGUUGUACUUCGAUAUUGUAUGCAGUAAAGCCAUGCAAAGAUAAUACUCUUAUCUAUGCCCACGCAAA